UAGCAGCAGAAGGCGAGAGACCAUAGCAGGGCCAAGGAAGAGUAUCACGAUAGGAGAGGGCGCCCUAGGAUAGCUGUACCUCCUGCUCUCCAGCCCCGGGUGUCCCUCUGCUGCAGGAGUGAUGUCCUUCCCCAGAGCUCGCCUCCCUGCUCUCUCAAGGGACUCAUAUAACAGGUUGCAGGAAACUAUGGCACACGUCACUCAAGUAGAAAUGAUCGCCAUGGGUGUAGGGAUUCAACGUCAUAAAAGUUGUGAAAGAGAUGAGAACAUCAUUGUGAAGCCUGCUGCCUGACAGCAAUGGCCUGGUGGCAGCAGGUGCUUGCUGUGGAUGCAAAGUUCAAUUACCACCGAGCACCAGCAUCUCCAGGCUUCAAGACGCUGUACAUCCGCCGGCGGAGUCAGCUGCUCAGGGACAGCGCCAGAGAGGACGGGCCGGCUGUGCGUCACUACCUGAGGACCCGCCUUGCUCUCCUGCAGCAGAGGUACUGUGUCACCCUUGACCAGCUCAGCCUCAAGAGUAGAACUGCCAGUCUCCGUUCUGCUUCCAGACUCACCACGGAGGGCGACUCCCCCCACAUGAGUCGCAGCAUGAGCAUGGCCUUCUCUCAGCCGGGCAGCCAGAGUGUGGAAGGCCCUCGUGCCCCUCCACCGGCCGGCUCUCUCGUCCCCACCCAGCGAGCUGAGGCGUCCAAGGCCAUUGUGGGCGGCACAUCCAUUGGAGAGAAUUAUGCUUUCUCGGGAGUCCAUCACAUCUUUGACCAGCACAGGGACAGCGUGAGCAUGGUGAAGUUUGCCCACAAUGACUCCGGGUUGCUGGCGUGCUGCUCCCUGGAUGGCUCACUGUCCAUAUGUCAGGUGGCCGAUGGUGACCCCAGAGUCCUGCACACACUUCAACUCCACACAGCUGGUGUCACUGGGUUUGACUGGUCUGCCACUAAUGACCUCCUACUGUCGUGUGGCGAGGAUGGCAAAGUGUGCCUGUGGAGUGUGUUAUCUGGCCAGUGUCUGCGCUCUGUAUCAGACCAAGCAGGCACGCAGGUCCUCUCCUGUGUCUUCCAUCCAUUCAACUCUAACUGGGCUGUGCUUGGCAACAGUCGUGGGAUGGUGCAGGUGCUGAACAUGUCCACUGGCCACUACCCCAAGGGCGGCACCAGCAAGGUUGCCGGCCAGGUCACCUCACUCACCUUUGACUCAACGGGCAAGACAUUGUGGGCUGGGGAUGAUAAGGGCACCAUCAUAUCCUUCCUGUUUGAUCUUGGGAGUGGCGGUCUGCGGAAGGGCAAGCGGUGUGUGGUGAGUGAGGGGGCGCCCAUCACCUGCCUCUCUGCCCGCACCUGGGCGAGUCGAGAGGCGCCAAACCCCACACUCCUUGUCAGUGCUGGUUGUGAUGCUCUGCUCCUGUACAGGGUGAUUGACAAAGAGGGAGGAUUGCGACUGAGAAGGAAAUUUACUGUUUCUCACAAGACUCAGCCAGUGCGCUCCACCUUCUGCCCUCUGAUGUCCUUCAGGCAGGGGGCUUGUGUUGUGAGUGGUUGUGAGGACUGCAGUGUGUGGUUCCUGGACGUGGAGAGGGACAGCCGGCCGCUCAUCAAUCGCCUCCAGGGCCAUGCUGCUCCUGUCCUGGGCGUCACCUUCAACUACGAUGAAUCUCUCCUGGCCACCUCGGAUGCCUCUGGCCUUGUGAUAGUGUGGAAGAGGGAGUGAGGAGGAUUCUGUGAUGGUGUGCAGUGAAGAGUAAGGAAUGUAAAUACCUCCUGAUGGUGAGGAAGAGGGAGUGCCAGUCUUUCAUCAGUGGUGUGGAGAAGGGAGGAUGCUCAUGUAGAAGUAAGGGAUCUGCUCAUGUUCUGUGUUCCCUGCGGACCUCAUUACUGUUGCACACACAACACUAUGCUGUGUGUUACUGGAGAACAAAAUCUGUUGAGUUUUAAGCUGUGAAUUCUAGAAGUUUACAUUCUUCUUGUAGGUUUUUGUAUUUCCUUAAAAGUAACUUUGUAUUUGUUGCAGUUUUUGCAACUUUAUUUGUUGCACAAAGUUUUUAAUUCUCAAGAAAUUGAUAAAUUAUGUUUUAAUACAAUAUUUGAAUUACUUUUUAUCCAAGAUAGUUUGUGUUUGCUCAAAUUUUAGUUUUUUUUUUUUUAAGUUACAUAAAGUCAUUUCAUGAAAUAGCUGUUGCAGUUUAUUUUAGUAAAGACAGUGUGAUGCCUGAUGGCUGUUCCCAUGAUCAGGGUGUUGUGGUGGGAGUUGUUCAUGGCCGAUGCUCUGCGCCUUGCUUUUUUCCUUUCCUUCAUCCUUGAAGUGCUACCAUUGCUUAUGUUGAAAUUUAGAUGAAUAUUUCAUUAACUGUUGAAGCAAAUGAUUUUCAGGGUACAUGUGUAUAUAUAGAGAGAGAUAGAGAGAUAUAUAGAUCUGUAUGUAAUCAUGCUCAGAAAAUGUAAAUUAUUUUUAGAAUGCAAUAUUUUACUGACCCAGAUGUUGCCUUAGCUAUGUGUGAUCAGAUGAGCUUCACUCUUUUCUCAGUUUCACUUGCCGCCUCCACAUGCAUGAUGCCCAUCUCACACCACAAACACAAAGACACAAUAUUUGAACUACAGAGAUCAAGAAGGACUACCGGUCCAUUCUAUAAUGAAAAGCAAGCUUUUUAUUUACAACUUUUAGUGCUUAUCUCAUUCUUGAACAAACUUGGAAUACUUAACAAACAUGCCAUGUUUCUGUUGCACAAAAUCUGAUUUGCUGCUUUUAAACUAAACUUAAGCAGAAACCAGCUGUGCUUGUCUUGCAUAUGACAAAACCUCCAAAAUAAGCAUUGCAUUCUAAGAAUAUUUGUGCACUCUUCUCAUCUCAGUCUUGUUUGUGAUUUUAAUCAGAGCCAGAGAAUCAUAAUGGAUACAAGUACGGUGGUGGGUGUCUUGUUUACAGGAACAAGCUGUUAUAGUUUCUGGUAUGUUCUGGCAAAUCACCCAAAAAGUGCUAUAUCUUUGCAAAAGUUUCUCUGUUAUGUAUGUGUUGGGUUGGCAUCCCCUUCCACCUUCAAGGGGAGGUAGCCAAGACAAGCAUAUGUAGACAUAUUUGUGUAUUUCCUUAAGUGUAGUAGAUGACCAAAAUGUGCCUUUAGUUAACUAAUGGUAUAAAGUCAAGCUUCAUGGAUGGACUAGUGUUCUUGUUGUGUCCAGUAGGCUUUUGGAGCUGCAUGCCUUGUGACUCCUGGUGGUACUGAGUUGAGGGAAGCAGGCAGUGAGGCUGCCCAUCAAAGAUGCACCACCAAGCAGCGUCACAUGUGGUACACUCUCUGUAUCGACCUUCCUUACUAAGACAAUAAAACCAAAGCAGAUGAUCAAAA